AGCUCUGAGCUCCACCAUACCAUAAGAUCUCAGAGCCGAAAAAAGAAAUAAUCUCCUUGCAAUGCAAGCAGAAGGGACGGAUCAGGAAGCAGAAGCAGAAGCAGCAGCAAUACUCCUUUCAAUGCAAGCAGCACCGGCAGUCAAUAUUCGCACAUUUCCGAUUCUCCCAGAGGCUCGGGAGCCUGAUAAGUUGUCCUCUGUUGCUAGAAGGGCUGCCGUUAAAGAGUCUCGAAGAGUUCCUCAUAACUUAAUAUCCCGCGAGGGGUGGGGCGCCAGAAGACGUCGUUCUGCUAUUGCAAAGUGGGGCAGAAAAAAACCUCGUUCUGGACCUGUUAGUGCAAAUUAAUCUGCAGAUGUUUCGUGUUGUUUGGUGUAACUCCGGUAGACCGUGUGCCGGAAUAAUCUUUGCAUGCAUAAUUAUUUGAAAAAAACUACUUUACAGUUCAGAAUUAAAUCAAAAUUUUAUUU